UUUUCUGUUUUUACAAUAAUUUAAAGGCAAAUAAUAAAUUAUUUUGAUAUGUGCUGCAUUAAGAGGCUUAAAUUCUUCCAAAUCACUUGAGAAAAUUAUUGCAGAGGCGCGAUGUCGUUCGUAACUAAGAGAGAUCGUGUAUUCAAUGAGUACAAGUUGUACGAUUUGCCGGCACGAAACGAGGGAAAACUGAAGGCCUAUGCGUCGUGCACAGACGCCCGAGCCUGGUCCCACUUUAUCACAGACAAAACUGAACAUUUGUUCGAAAUAAUCAAGCGUAACAACGAGAAAUGUAGGCCCAAGUACAUUCCCACUGAAGUCAUAGUGGAUACUCUGAUGAUGGCCAAGAACGCUCAAAUAUCGCGCCUGAAGCGAAAGAUCAAGGAGUUUGAGCGCUUGUUGGCAGCUUAUGACCACCUAGACCUAGACGCGGGACAGAAAGCUGAAAUCGCUCAGGCGUAUGCAACAAUAAAAGCGGCAAAUAAGGAGUUGGAUGACAUGUACAUAGAUUUGGAUGUAUCUGGAGAUGUAGAGGGCAUCGACUCAGAGGUGUUUGGAACUGGAAAAUCAAGAGGAGAUGAGAUAAGCAGAAGUACAGUUUUUGCAGAGACAGGCAAAUCAUCGGCAAGUGAAUGGUCCUACAUCAAAGAACCAAAAUCAGAUAAAACAAGAGACGAACAAAGCGACUAUGAACCUGUCGAUCAAGAUUACGAAAAUAUUGAUCAAAUUGAUCAAACAAAAGAUACUAUAUUUGGUAAAUGCGACAAUCGGGUGAAAUUUCGCGAGACAGGCACAUAUGCCGAAGAAGAUUCCAGAAUUGAAGAACUACAAGACAUGAUCGUGACUAAGGAUGCCAAGUUAAACGCGAUGCGAAACACCAUAGUGGUCCUCGAAAACGACGUCUGCGAGCCCUACUGCAUAUACGCUCACAUAUACACGGCGUUAGAGAAAAUAUUUGGAAUAUUGCGACAAAAUCUCAAAUAUAAACAGUAUUUAGAUCUAUUGACUUUGGGGAGAGACACACAGAAUAUCCAUAUAAAAGGAAAGAUUCUAUAUAAGAUCAAAGUUUUAGAGAAAUUUAGUAUUGCUCUAAUAGCGCCGUGUAACCAAACCGAUAGGCCACAAAGCUGCACGUGCUACCGAGCCGAAGUGUUGACCAGCUACGAAACAACAUACGCAGAAUCGGCAACAGAGAGCUCACAAAAUAUCAGAGACAAGAAAAGGGCGCAUUUAAUUGCAGAUAUCAUCGACGUUGAUGAAAUAAAUGAAGCUCUAAAUGAUCAAAGUAAAAGUGAAACCGAUAGUGCUUGCUAUUUUGACGUCGACGAAUGUAAUACCAAAAAUAAAAGCAGGUUCCUGAUAAAAAGUCUACAAUCGAGCUACAGUGAGCUAGUAACUUGCUACGAAAAUUUGAAAAGCGAAAAAGACCUUUUAUAUGUUCGUUGUCAAGAAUUACUAAAGGUCGAAGAUGAAAACAAAUGUUUACGAAACAGCAUUGAAGAUUACAAUAAUUUAUGGAACGAAAUGGAGCAUUUACGUCGACGGUCUGACAGUUUAGAUAAAUUCAAAGCAAAGUAUUAUUUUCUUUUAAAUGAAACUACUAAUUUGAAUUCAAAAUAUGUCGCUGAAUCUGAAAAAAAUAAAAUUAAUUCUGACACCAUUGAUGAACUAAGAAAUGAAAAUUUGGUAUUGAAUAAAAAAUUGAAAGAGUCAUCAUUAGCGCAUGACAAAGAAAUAAAUUCUCUGUUGUUUAAGAUUAAAGAAAUGGAAUGCACUAACAUGUGUAAAGAACAACAAAUAAAAAAUUUGUCAUCUGAUAUUGAGCAAUAUUUUAAUAAAAAAUACGCUGGAACACAAAUAUACGAAGCACUUAAUCGGAUAGCAAAAGAAAGGGAUCAAAUACAAUUUGAAGAAACAUGCACUUGUAAAAGUGUUGCAAUAGAAAAUCUUCAACAAGAAGUUAAUAAGAACCUAGAAUAUAUUAAUGAAUUGAGGUUAGAUGCAAAAUUAUGGCAAGAAAAAUAUGAUCAUGCAGUAAAUACAAUUGUUACCCUCAAUGAUGAAAUCAGAAUUCUAAACACGAGAAAUCUCCAAUUGACUGAAAAUGUUCAUGAAAAGUCGAAUGCUGUUGAUAACUUACACGAAAUUGUACAAGAUAAAUUAGAGCAAAUUGAAAUAUUGAAUGAAGAAUUAGAAAAGCAAAAAAGUAACAAGGUCCUUAUUUCUAAGGAAAUUAGUAAAUAUCAACAUAGAAUUGAUUCAGAUUUAUCUUUUAUAAAAAAAAUUGAAUUAGAAAAUAAUAAUAACUACGAAGAAAUAAACAAACUCCAAAAUACUGAUCCUUAUAAUAAUUGUAUUGCAAAUAAAACACAUAAUGAAAAUAAACAAGAUAUUUUAGGUCACCCUGAAAGUUCACAUCCACACAGUGUUCAAAGUCAUUCUGAUUCUGAUUAUAUAGAUGACAUAGCACACCACAAAACACUUUUGAAUAUACCCGAGAGAGAAAAUGUUGUGGUAGAAAAACAGCUCGACAGAGUCAAUAAUAUACACAAUGAAAUAGAAUCUCCAGAAAUAAAAAAAUCAGAAGUAAUAUCACCAAUACAUAAAGACAUGCAAGAUGUCAGCAUUGAAAUCAAUAAAAUUCAACAAAAUUUAAAAAAUAAAUUAUCACUAUUGGAAAAAGAAGAACAAUUUUUCAUUAAACAAAAUUCACCUCAAGCUGAUAAUGACUUUACAUAUUUGUCUCUUAGUAUUCGUAAAACGUAUGACGAUCAGAGCAAUAGUAAUACUAAUAUUAUUUCAAAUGAUGUUUUAUCACAUAUCAAAUUAUUAGGUGAACAAAGUUUAUCAACGAUUUCCAAAUAUGAUGAAAUAAAAGAACAAUACAGAAAAUCUCUUAUUUUAAGUGAAGAAGAAAUGACAGCGUUAGAAACUGAAAUCGUUAAAUUAAAAGAUAAACAUAAGGAAGAUGAAAUUUUUUACAAAGUAAUUCAAGAUAAAAUAUGUAAACAAAAUGAAGACUUAACAGAAGAAUUGAACCGAAAAAAUAAUGAAAUUACUAUACUAUUAAUGGAAAUAAAUAAAAUUCGAAAUAGUUUUCAGAAAAAAAUUGAGACCCUUGAAACAGAAAAACAAAAGUUACUGAACGAUUUAACGGAAAAUCCAAAAAUUACUGACUUUAUUUCAACAUUUAGUGAUAAGGAAUAUUCAUCAUUAAAUGAACGAAAAUGGAGUGUCGAAAACUAUGACCAGAAUGAUGCUUUUUCACAAUUAGAAAUACUUAGAAAUGAUAGUUUAGCAACAAUUAAAGAAUAUGAUAAUGUAAAAGAAAUUUAUAGAAAAUCUCUAGAGUUAGCUAAAAAGGAAAGUGAAGACCUUAAACCACAAGCCGCACAAACAAAGAAACUGAGUAAAAGCUUAGAGGAAUUAAUAAGUAAAUAUAACAAGCUUUUGAAUGAAAAAAAUGAACUAGAAAAAGAAUUAUAUACUAAAAGCGAUGAGUUGAAUAAUCUAAAGAAUAACUGGGAAAAGAUUCACAGCACAGUACAAGAGUUAGAGCCCUUUAAAACGAAAUAUGAUUUACUUUAUACUGAAAAAGAAAAUGAAUUAAUUAAUAAAGAUACACAAAUAAAUGAAUUGCAAAAAUCUAACACAUUUCUUGAAAGUGAGAUACGAAUUCUAUCAACGACUAUCGAAGGUUUAAAAAAGGAGAUUCAUAGCUUGGAACAAGUAUGUGAUAAAUUAAAUAUGGACAAGGAUAAAUUAAAUACAAAACUAGAAGAGAAAAACAAUGAUUUAAAAAAUAUUGAACAGCAGUUACAAUAUACAAAAAAGGAAUAUAGUGACCAAUUGACUAAAACCUAUAAUUUAGAGGAAGAAACUAAUGCUAUGAAGCAGCAUAUUUCCUUAUUAGAAGAUGACAUUUUAUCUAUGCGAUUACAGUUCGAUUCCUUCAGUAAGAUAAUUAAUGAAAAGGAAGCGGAACUCAUAGAUCUAAGAAAAAGUAACGAAAUGUUCACUACUGUAAUAGUAUGUAACGAUACAUUAAAAAAAGAAAACAAUAUAUUGCAAGAAGAUUUAAAAGCUUUGAAAGAUGAAAACAAAGAAUUCAAAAUGCAAAAUCAUAAUAUUAUGAUUGAAAUAGAAUCGAUGAAAACAGAUCUUAAAAUUAAAGAAGCCGAGAUUAUCAGGGCAAAUGAAUCAUUUAAAGAUAUCGAAGAAAAAAUGAAAGCCGAAAAAGGUUCUGAUAGUGACAGAAUUGUAGAACUCUUAAAGAAACUGCAGCUUUGUGAGCAAAUAAUAAAUAAAUUGAAGGAGGAUCUCACAGAUAGAAACAAUAGCAUUUCCGAAUUGCAAAACUAUAUAAAUAAUCUGCAAGAAGAAAUAAAAAAACUCAAUGAAAGUUUAGAGCUUGCCAUAGAAAAUGGUGAACAUUUUAGUCAAGCUGAUGUCAAAGAAUUAGACCAUUCUGCUCAAAAAAUAAAAGCACACUAUUCUAAGGCUAAACACAAUAUAAAACCAGAAAUAGUAAAACUUCAAGAUAUAAAUAAAAAGCUAAAGCUACUAAAACUUGACUCUAAAGAUAAAGACACUGAAAUAGAAAAUGUUUCUAAAAUCAAUUAUCUUGAGAAUGAAAGGGAAACUAUAAUACAUAAUUUAAAUCAAUUAGAAGUGGCAGUUUUAGGCCUCAGCAAUUUAAGUAACAAAUCUAGUGCAAAAGAUAUAAUUGAUGUUUUGCAUAAUAUACAAAAGGCCUAUGAAGACAAACAUGCAAACUAUGAGGAAAAAAUGCAAUCUAUUCAAAGUUCGUAUCAACUUCUAAAAAAUAAAGCAGAAGAAGCCCAGGAAAUAGCAGAAAUGGAACGAAAAAAUAUAAAAAAUGAAAAAGAAGACAAUGAGCAAAAACUUCUACAAAGAGAAAGAAAAUUGCAAGACCUUUAUAAACAAUUACUCAACAAAGAUAUUAAUUACGAAGAAAUUAUCAAAGAUUUGGAAACUAAACUUGUAACACAACAGAAUUUAAUUGAAAAACUAAAUAAAUCUCAAGAAGACCAUAAAAAGAAUUUAAAUAACGAAAUAUCCAAUCUCAUGAAGAUUUAUAAAAAUUCACUGGCUGACAUAGAGGAGCUACAAAAAAAAAUUAAAGUUUCAGAGGAUCAUAACAGUUUACAAAGCUUACAAAUAAACGAACUUUCUAAUCAGUACCAAGAAAAAUGUGCUGAAAUAAAAGUGUUACAAAAUGUUGUGCACAACAUGAAAAAUAAAGCUAGUAGGUUUGACAUUGAAUCACAAACGAGUUUUGAGAUAUACAAUGAAAAUCAAAAUAUUAUAAAACACGACAUUGGUACGAAUACAUAUAGUUCACUAUCAAAACAUCAUAUAAUAAAUAUAGGCAUGUCAAAUAAUAUGAUUUCUGAAGAUAAAAAUAAAAAUCAAUGGAUACUAAACAAAGAUGAAACCAUCUUAUUUUCAAAGAAAGAUGAUAUCGCCAAAGAGAAAGAAAUUAUAUCUGAAAAAUCUGGAAAUAUUAUCAAAAAUAAACUUGAAAAAUUACAAACAAAAACUUUGGAACAGUUUUCAAUUUGCACAAUAAGGUGUGACACUAAUUUAGAUGAUUUUAAUGAUGAUGUUACUAAUAGCAUUGCAAGUAUUUCUAGCACCAUAACUGAUGAUUUAAGUAAUAUAGGGCAUGUCUCUCACCCAAAUAAUGACAAAAUUAAAACAGAAAUAGCGAUUAAAUUAAAUUUCAUUGACAAAACAACACAAACCGUGGAUGACAAUUUAAAAAUUAUAGUCAAAAAUAAUGAUUCAGUGCAGUCCUCAACGAAUCAGGAAAGUAAAAAUAAAUUAACUUAUGAUAAUAUAAAUUUACCGUACCAAAAAACCAUGAAGAAAGAUGUUGGCACUAAAUUGAAAAAACAAAAUAUUACAAUUUUACCUAAAAAAGUUCAAUCUUUAUCAGAUGUUAAUGCAAAAGGUUUGAUUUCAAAGCAAAACGAAAUUACUAAUCAAUUUGUUUCUCAUAAAAAGUCUAAUGAAUCUCUAAACGGUGCUAUAAAAUAUCUGACGGCUGAAAAAUCACAAAAUGUAUAUAUAGCUACUAAACAAAAUUGUGAUGAUGUCUCUGAAGAUCAAUUGGAUUUAUAUUCUAAAGCAAAAUCUUUGGAUAAUCUAACACAAGGCAAAACAUAUUUUUCUCAAGAAUUACCAUAUGAAUCAUAUGAGGUGAAAAAAGAAUAUGAAAACAAAAAAGAGAAAAGAAAUAAUACAUUUUUUAACAACAUAAACGUCAUGCCAAUGCCGAAAAGUCUGUUACAAGAAAGUCAAUUACUUGAUAACGUUCAGGUCAAAGGAAGCAAUAACAGUGACAAUAUAAACUAUUUACCAAAUCUCGCUAUACGUAGGAGUCAGAGCUACGAACAAAUGCUAGAACCCUUUGGGAGCAUCAUUUCUGAGAAAAUUGAAUCAAACAUAAUAUCGUCGUCUUCUAAUUUGUCGAAACCAAUAACGUCAUCAAAUAAAAAUAAUUUAGAGAAGUUCAAUAUACUAAAUAUAUAUGAAAAGAAAGUUGAAAAUCUUACCAAGGCUCUAGUAGAAUCAGAAAGAGAACAUCGAAAAAAAAUUGCAGCCUUAAAAUACCAAUAUGAAAGACACAUUAAAAAUAUAAUAAAUGAACACAACAAAGGUGUAGUGAGCAUUCAAACUCUUCAUGAGGAGACCCUUAGUGAUGUUAUUAAAAUUCAUGAUAUUGAAAUAGAGAAUUUACGUGCAAUAAGCAUCGAAGCUAUGACGAAAACUGAAAAACUUGAAAGGGAAAAUAAAAAACUUAAAUUAAAAAUGGAGCUGAAAGAAUUAAAUCAGAAAGCAGCUAAACUAUUUGAGGUACAGAAAAGAAAACUAAAACCCCGUACAAAUCCAUCUUAUCUCACAAAAACUGACGUCGAAGCCUUCAAUGUAAAACCUAAAGGAAAAUCAACAAUUUCGUGUACAUGUGCUAUAAACACAAAUGUUUCGAAUGUCAUUCGCAAUAUUUUUGAGCAAGUUGAUGUAGAAAACAAAAUAGCAGAACAAACUUAUUUCAAACAUAUAGCCGUUAAAAUGAUAGAUGGGAUAGAGAAACUUACCGCACAAGAAUUAUCUUUCUUACAUUUAAAAGUGUGCCAAAUUUGGAAGACUAUGCGUAGAAAGGCUUUAAAGGGCACAACGCAGUCAUCAGGGCAAGCGUUAGUGAGCUCUGACGCACACCCAGAACACAGACAUGGACUAGACUUAGAUAAAGUGAUCAAAGAUCGACUACGAUAUCAGGAGAGAAGAAAAGGGGCCUGCAAAAUACUUCCAGUUGAAAUCAAAGACAGCAAAAAGAAUAAAUAUUUUCGUGCCUGUGUAUACAAAGCAAAUAAAGAAGCACAUCAUAUUAGGAAAGAAAAAAAUAAUAGCUCAGAAAAUAAAAACAGAGUAGGUAGCUUGUGAACCUUUGUCGGCACUUUUAACCUAUUUGAAGGACUAAAUUGCUUGUUUCCAGAAUAGGGAGUUUUCUGUCUAUUAAGCUGUCCGCCUACAUGAUAGGCAUCUAUGUUACUAUGUAUAAUAUUAUUAUGUUUUUAGUUAAAGGGAACGUUUAUUGUUGCACAUAGUUUAAAAUUGGUUGGUAGCUCUGUAACAGUUCAAGGAAAUUUGACAUUGGAAAAAUAACGUUUAGAACCAGGAAAACAUCGUAAUAUUAAUAUUUUCCUGUGUGAUAGUGCAUUUGAAAUAAAUUGCUCGUGAUGUCAGUACAAUUGUUUUGUAACACUAAA